GUGCAAUCAGCUCAAUGUUUUUUUUUGACCCUGUGUUAUCGCUAAAUCACUGAUUCAUGAUUCAAGAAGGGGGCGGGAGAAAAAUCCAAGAUUGAGCUGGAGCCUUGUUCAGCGCCUUGGGACGUCUUUCCGACAUGAAGGGCACUAUACAAGUGUAAUUUGUUGUUGUUAUUACAGUGCCAUUGUGUCAGCGACACUGAAAUGCUUAAUGAAAUUCUACGAUUUAACUGAUGAUGAUCUGCAAAAGCCACUCAGGGCCAGCUUCAUCCUGAAUGUAGAGACUGAGGAGCUAUUCAUUACAGCAGGUCUCCAAGAUCGAGUGGUUCAGGUUUAUGAGGGGCUUGUUUACAUGGAUUUCAGCAAGGAACUCAUGGAGACUCGUGGUUAUGGAAACUAUCUAAACAUGGAUAUCAGCUGUGCGCCACAGUUCUGGCUCGCUUAUUUGGGAGACCCGAGUGAUUCUGGGAAGAUUCAUAGCAAUGUGCGACAGAGGUGGCUCAAUGGUGAUUCUGAUGUUGUGGCAGCAAUGAAAGCUUUUGCAGAACUCACUGAUCUGGCUAAGACAGCCAUGGAAACUAGGAACUUCCCUGAGCUUGCUGAGUUGAUGAAUAAAAAUUUUGAGCUACGCAGGUCGAUAUACACAGAUGCUUGUUUGGGCAAUGGAAAUCUGAGAAUGGUGGAACUUGGUAGAAAGUAUGGCUCAGCAGUAAAGCUGCCUGGCAGUGGAGGAGCAGUGAUUGGUCUAUGUCUGGAUCCUGACAACUUGGUUGAUUUAAAGAAGACAUUCCAGGAGUCAGGAUUUGUUGUAUGUGAUGUUGUUCCAUGCGACCCUUCAACUUCACUCAAGAAGUGAAUGCAAUCUUCUCAACGUGUUGGUAAUAAUGGUACUGACUGCAAACAGCACAAUAGGCGAGAAUUAGAAAGUUCAGAAAAAAGGCCAAGGAGUGAACAUUUUUUAAUUGCAUAUUGUUUAAUUUAAUAUGCUGGAAAUAUUUUCUUAUGAAAGAUUAUUCAUAUUGAUACUGAUACUGGUUUGAAAGCGGCUGAUAACUAGCAUGUCGCAGAUUCCAAGUAUAUUUGAGAUGAGGGAAUCCCUGACACUAAUUACCAAUACAAUCUGCAGUUCUCAACAGCUGACUCAAUAAAACACGAAAGUGUUGAUACACUGGUGUACCAUAGAAUGCUACCAGACUGGUACAUUUUGGAAGUGGUCUAAGAUAAAUAUUCGCUCAAUUUCAAAAGACACAAACAACUAGGGUUGAGAACACUGAGGAUACACAAGAGUGAUUUACAAGUGGAUAUUGGAUACCUAUUGGAUUUCUGGAUGAAACUUUGAAAUAUCCUUUAGGUUCAGGAAAUGCCAAUUUAUGGCAUGUAACUCACUUGUCCAUGUGAUACAGAGCUUUAGACCUUUCACACCACAGAGAGUUUUCAAUAACUUACCAAAAGUAGGGAAAUAUUGUGAGUUCACCAUUCACCUCUUAUAAAUGUGUUUUAUUGUAAGGUUUUCGUCUAAGCAAGAGUAAUUAUAUUUUUUAUUUGUAGAACCUAUUUAUGUAUCAAUUUAUCCGGUACAAUAAUACGAAGAUACUGGAACAAUGUAAUUGUAAUGUUUUUGAUUGAUCAGUGUUAUUUUCUUUAAUUGUUUCAGGAAAAGAAAAAUAGCGCUGAAACCCUUCACUGUUUUGUGAAAAGUUUCAUUUUGUCUUGCUUUCUAGGAAAAGGAAAUAUUCAAUAAUCAUCUCAUCACUAACCAACUAUCAGGUCUCUUUUGGUGGUACAUCUCCCACCUCCACCCUCUCCUUGCCCUCCACCCUACUUGAUUCCAACCCCCAGUUCAGGUGUAAACCCUUGACUUGUCCAGCUCCAUGGGACAUACUCCCGAUGUGAAAGGCGCUGUAUAAAUGCAAUGUGUUGUUAUUGAUGCAUCCAAAAUAGAAAUAGAAGCUGAUGUUUUUAAUAUGUUUAUCAUCAUAUCUAUUUUUAUAUGUUACAGUUCCAGAGAAUGAUAUAUUUAUGGAGUUGUAUAAUGAAGUGAAUCAUUUGAGAUUUUGAAAUAGACUAUAAUUGUUUUAUUAUUGCAUUUUUUUUCGACACGGGUAUUUUGCGGUACAUUUAGAAAUUACGUACCAUUUGCCAGAAACCUCCAGCACACAGUGGUUCUUUGAGAAAAACCUAAAAUACAAAUGAAAACCUAUAUCUACGCGCGCCUAUUUUAAAAUAGCAAACACAAAAUAAGGACUGGCAUUUGAAUCAAUGCAUAAAAUUCAAU